CUUCUGUCACUUCCGUGCCACCGCGCGUGAAGUGUAGAUCGGUGGGAGAAGGUAGUUGUUUGUUUGGGGUAUGGAAACAAGGCAUGUACUAACAUUCCUCGAUAAACAGACGCUUGGUGUGUGAGUUCUGUGUUGAUAUAAGAUACUAUUCUGCAUUCAUUGGAAUACGUCGUUAGUGUUCACUGGAAGUGUGGUAUCGUGGCGGUAGCAUCAGCAACCACAUCAGCCUUCAGCCGCGUCUGAGGCGCCUGCGUCACACGUGAUGUUGAUUCGCCCACUUCGUACAACGGCACUGGUGCGUCUGAAACACUGAUCGCUGGGCUACGACGACAAGCAUCGCAGCGUUAGACGUACAGGGAAGGCAAGAUACUUCUCAUUGAUGUCCGGUGCCAAUACAUCGCCAUGUGCCAUCCAUAAAUUGCGGACACGCUAAAGGGAGACAGGGGCCGUGAGAUAGAGGGCAUGGGCCGCGGCUGGGCUCGCAAGCUGGCGCUGUGUGCGGCCGUAUUCACCGGCCUGCUCUGGCUGCUCUACGGCGCCGUCUCGCCCUGUGCUGACGACCACUCGCCGCUCAUGGUGCCCAAGCAGAAGUACGUGGUGGGCUCGGACCGGCGCGUGUACCCGUACGACCGCGAGAUGCCGCUCAUCUUCAUCGGCGGCGUCCCCCGCUCGGGGACCACGCUCAUGAGGGCCAUGCUGGACGCACACCCCGAGGUCAGGUGCGGCCAGGAGACACGCGUGAUCCCCCGCAUCCUGCAGAUGCGCUCCCACUGGCUCAAGUCGCAGAAGGAGAGCGUCAGGCUGGAGGAAGCCGGACUCUCUAAAGAGGUGCUGGACUCGGCGAUCGCGGCGUUCUGCCUGGAGAUCAUCGCCCGGCACGGCGACCCGGCGCCGCGGCUCUGCAACAAGGACCCGCUGACGCUCAAGUCGGCCGCCUACCUGUCGGAGCUCUUCCCCAACGCCAAGUUCAUCUUCAUGCUGCGCGACGGCCGCGCCACCGUGCACUCCAUCAUCUCCAGGAAGGUGACGAUAACGGGCUUCGACCUGACGAGCUACAGGCAGUGCCUGGGCAAGUGGAACUCGGCGGUUCACGUGAUGCACGGCCAGUGCCGAGAGGUGGGGCCGUCGCGCUGCCUCAUGGUGCCGUACGAGCAGCUGGUGCUGCACCCGCGCCAGUGGAUGGCGCGCGUGCUCAAGUUCCUCGACGUGCCCUGGAACGAGUCCGUGCUGCACCACGAGGAGCUCAUCAACAAGCCGGGCGGCGUCUCCCUCUCCAAGGUGGAGCGGUCAUCCGACCAGGUGAUCAAGCCGGUGAACCUGGAGGCGCUGACCAAGUGGGUGGGCCAGAUCCCGGAGGACGUGGUGCGCGACAUGGCGGAGAUCGCGCCCAUGCUGUCGGUGCUGGGCUACGACCCGUACGCCAACCCGCCCGCCUACGGCAGCCCCGACGCCGCCGUCGCCGACAACACGAACCGCAUCCGCGCCGACGGCCGGCUCUGGGAGGACCGGGCGCGCUCGCUGCUCAGCCCGCAGCGCUCGUUCCACGCCCCCGCAGACGUGGACGACGCGGGGCCCGCCCCCGCCGGCGCCGCCUCCGAGCCGCCCCCGGCGCCCGCCGCCCCCGCGCCGGCGCCCGCGCACGCUUCGUGAUGAACGCCGGUCACUCGGCACCGGACAGCCCGGCCUACCUGUCACAGAUCUCUCAACUCGUGUGCGUUAGUGGAGAGCUCUUCCAGAAGACCGUAAUGAAGUUGUGUCGCCCCAGUUGUAGCCGUGUUCUAUACGCCACCCAUCACAUGUCUUCGGAAGUUCCCUUGAAUGUGGACGAAACGCGGGACUGUGCUCUGUGAAUGAGACGAAGCUAUCUGCUAUUUUUCUGCACGUGCCAAGAGGUGUCUUGGAGACUUCUCGUACCCGUGACACUUUGACAGUCGACAUCUUUUCGUUUAUUUGGAUUUAGUUUCGAACGUUUCGUUAUAUUUGCAAGCAUUAACUGGUUUGUUUCGUUUUGUUCAUGACUAGAAAUACUAAAAAUAGUCUCUGUAUAACAUACAUGUCACAAUUUGUUUGUUUGACUGAUUUAGUUGGUAUCUGUGUAAGCUCGUUGAAGAAAGAAUGAAAGACUUUCUUUUGUGUUGCGCCAGGCGAAGAAUAAAUUUAGCUUUAACUAUGUUGAAUACCGCAUUUUUUUUAUUUGUAAUGGACACGAAACUUCGUGUUCGAUAUGAGCAGAAUCAAAUGACAGUCUGGAGUUGUCUUUGUAAAUAAAAUAAAAAUUGUGUGUCUGUGAA